UUUUUUUCCUCACGAGCUUGUCUAACUUGUCCAAACCUGUCUGAUUUAUGAAGAGCAACCUUUAAAAGGUGUUUGUCUAAAACUUAAAAAAAAAACUACCAACAUUAUUAAAGCAAGGUGUGGCUCCUUUACAACACAUUACCCUCUGGCUCUCUCAGCACUCGGUGAAACUCUUUCCUAACAUCCAUUGUCUCUCUUUCAGGCUUUCUCGCACACAAGUAGAAAGAUGAACACCAUCAAAAUGGAUCACUUGGAUCAUCUACCUGACGAGCAACUGGUUUGGUUUUUCCGCAGCAACAAGACACAGAUGUCUUGUUUGGAAGAACCACAAAUCCUCCUCAGCCAACUUCGGGACCAUUAUCUAGUACCUGAGGAUCUGUACAAGAAGGUAACAAAGGCAAAGACUAAAAAGACAAAGCAGAAGGUUAUGUAUGAGAUUUUGGACUGGGUUGAGAAUGAGCGGCGCCAGUGUAUGAAGCUGUUUUGGAGUUGUGUUUUUCAGGAUCACAUCCUACAGCACUAUCCUGUCUUUCACUUGUACCAAACAAGUCUUCUGAAUGGUUCCUUCAGGAAAAGUGUAAAGGACGGUGAAAGAGAAGGUAAGGAGCAAGCGCAAAAAGAGGGUGCAACAAAAAGAAAGAGAGGUGAUGAAGAGAUAAAGGAAGAGGAACCAGGCCCUUCAUCAGGAUCCAGGCAGAAGAAAGCAGCCAAGGAGCGCACGUUCUCAUCGCUGUUAAAGGGAGGACAGCUUCCUGUUACCUGCGGAGAAAAAACAGGCAUACUGUAUCCAGACAAGCUUGCCAAAGAGUCAGUAUCCAGUGGAGAUACAGAUGAAUCCGAUGAUGACCUUGAAGAAUAUUUAAUUGAAAAGGACCAAGAAGAAGAGGACCAAGAAGAAGAAGAAGAAGAAGAAGAAGAAGAAGACUGUGGGUCACACAGUAAGAGCAUCCGGACAGAGGAGCACUGGUUCACUCCUGAGGAGUUUGUAAAGCAGGAGUUUGUAAAGCAGGAGUUAACAGACGGACACUGGGAAAAAGAUCAACUGUGUCACGGAAAAACCCUCAACUACCUGGUUAAGGAGCAGGAUAAUGAUGACGUGUGCUACAUUUGUAACUCUGAGGGAAGACUGGUCUGCUGUGACGAGUGUCCACGAGCUUUUCACCAUCACUGCCACUUACCAGUUUUACAGGAAGACGCACUUGGGGGCAGUUGGAUAUGUACUUAUUGUGUGUUAAAGCAUAACAUGAAGUUGUGGAUUCACAUGAACAGGAAGGGAGCUUUGAGAUGUCCUGUUUCCUCAAACUUGAUGCGCUGCGAGUAUUUGCUGUUGUUUUUAUUUAAGGCAGAUACACAGCGUGUGUUAACUGAUGACCCAACCAAAAAGGUGGACAGAUACGCAAAGGUGAUCUCCAAGCCCAUGUGGCUAAACAAAGUGAAGACCAAACUGCAGAACAAGGAGUACAGAACAGUGGGACAGUUUGUGCGUGACAUCAGACUCAUCUUCAACAACUGCCAAACUUUUUACAGGGAUAAUAGGUCUGUCAGGAUGGGAGCCAAACUGAAAAAGCUGUUUGAGAAGGAGUUUAACAGGAUUUUUAAAAUCCUGUAGAAUUUCUUAUCUAAUCUUAUUGGAAGAUUUAUCAUCAAAAGCCAGAUUUUAAUAUUAAACAUUAUUGCACUGACAUCAUCUGAAUAUUUAAAUGAACUUGUUAUAAUCCAGGAGGCUAUAAUCCUCAGAUAUCGGUCUGGAAGUGAGACAAAAAUUACUGAAUUUAAAAUGAUUCAGUAUACAAGCUUGUAAUAAGGAGCUUUUGCAAAACUCGGUGGAUUCAUGUUUUUUCUAUUAUUUAUAUCGUAAUAUUGUUUACUUCUUACCCUUCUUUCUUUCUCAGUUUUUAUAUUUUAAUCCCUUUCAUUUAUGUAUUUAUUUUUUUGUCCUUUACAGUGUAAUGGUACAGUCUGUGAUCUAGCUGUUUCAGAUUGCACUUUGUCCUAACACUUUGUAUUGUAUAUAAACUUGAAACAACCUGAAAUCAACAUUGUUCAUUUUUCUUUGUCACCUUUCCUUGUUUUUUUUUUUUUUUUUGGUUCUUGGCCACAUCUAGCAUGAACUUAAAUAUUAAUUGAAAAUUAAACUGUAGUUCAGUAAAAUAAAUAAAAUAAAUAAAUAAAGGAGACCUUCCUCCAGACUGUUAUUGAGCGCUAACGCUAACCAGGUAUAAGGGAAGCUUGAGUUUAGUUUGCUUUCUUGAUUCUUUCCUGUGGGCUUCCACCAUUGACGGAAAUCCCGGCUGGUUCAGAUUCAGCGUGAAGCCCUUUAUAAAGCUACUGCAUGCAGUCACAUGUUAAAUGUUGGUGAAAUACGAUUUAACGCUCUAAAGGAACGUUAUCGGACAAGCCGUUACACGCUACUGAGUGCUGCUGAGAGCUGAACAUAUGAUGCAUCGUUUCAAAGAGAGAGCUCGACUGAGAUGAGAGUACUUCGGUCUCUGUGCCAGUUAUCGUCACUACCUAAGGAACCGGUGACCAUCUUUGGUUUGUUUUGGGUUUUUUUUUUGUCUUUUCUCAGUGAUGUAUUUUAAAACAUCGAAUCCACUGAAUAAAUAGAUGUGAAUUAUAACCUCACUGCUGCCUUUCACCUCUUUAAUCCUCGUAUUAAAGUCCCCAAAGUCACACAGGUGACACAGUCACACAGGUACUUUAAAUACUUAUUUACAAUAAGUAUUUAAAGUUUAAAAACCUCUCACACCGCAUUCACACCUACAGAAAGUUCUGUUUAUCUUGGCAGAUUUUCUGCAUUAGAGAAAAGUUUAAUGUUUUGAAAUAUUUACUGUGUACUAAAGUAGUAGUAUUGCUUACACAUACUAUUUAUUCAGGUUAUUUCAUUCAAUUCAGUACCUACUACAUUCGAUUCAGUACCUACCACAUUUGGUGUAGUACCUACCACGUUUAAAUCAUUAAUUACUGCAGUAAAUUAAAAUAAUAAAUCCUCAUAUAAGACAUUAUUUAGGAAAUUCUAACAUUCUGAAAUAAGUGGAGUUUCCUGAAAUGCUAAGUAGAGUUUUUCGUUUGUUUGUUUGUUUUGUUUUUUUUAAGCUAGUACUAACGUCUUGGCUAAUAGUAUGAUAUCAGUAGGUGUGUUCCAUUUUUUUCCCCUUACGAGCUUGUCUAAACCUGUCUGAUUUGAGAGGAACAACCUCUGAAAGGUGUUUGUCUGAGACCUUCAAAAGCUACCAACAUUAUUAACGCAAGGUGUGGCUCCUUUACAACACAUUACCCUCUGGCUCUCUCAGCACUCGGUGAAACUCUUUCCUAACAUCCAUUGUCUCUCUUUCAGGCUUUCUCGCACACAAGUAGAAAGAUGAACACCAUCAAAAUGGAUCACUUGGAUCAUCUACCUGACGAGCAACUGGUUUGGUUUUUCCGCAGCAACAAGACACAGAUGUCUUGUUUGGAAGAACCACAAAUCCUCCUCAGCCAACUUCGGGACCAUUAUCUAGUACCUGAGGAUCUGUACAAGAAGGUAACAAAGGCAAAGUCUAAGAGGACAAAACAGAAGGUUAUGUAUGAGAUUUUGGACUGGGUUGAGAAUGAGCGGCGCCAGUGUAUGAAGCUGUUUUGGAGUUGUGUUUUUCAGGAUCACAUCCUACAGCACUAUCCUGUCUUUCGCUUGUACCAAACAAGUCUUCUGAAUGAACGAAAGAAAACUGUGCAAAUGGUGGAUGGAACAAAGAGAAAGAAAUGUGCUAGUGAGACAGAGGAGAAUGAACCAGGUCCUUCUUCUGUAUUCAGCACCAACCAGGUGAAACCAGCCAAGAAGCCACGUACUGACAGUGUGACAAAGUCAGAGUGACAAAGAUACACACCAGGCAAAAUAAGCUUGGGUUUAAAGUUUACAUUCUAUUUACAUUGUAAUUUUAUCAUGUAUUUUAACUGAAAAGCAUAUAUUUCUAAGAUUUAGCCACUGGUUAAAAAAUUGGAAUGAACAUUAUUGAUACAUGAUACGCUAUGUUUCAGAUUUGAUCUGUGAUUUCUAAUAUUUGGUAUAUAAUUAUAUAUAUAAUUUUUAGUCAUGAGACAUUUUCAUUUCAGUGAAUCAUUCAUUAAUUUCAUCCAAAAAAAAACACUGUCAUUUUUUGCUAAACUAAAUACAUAUAUAUAUAUAUAUAUAUAUAUAUAUAUAUAUAUAUAUAUAUAUAUAUACAGUAUAUGUAUGGUUGUAUGUAAAAGCAGUUUAACAGAUACACCAGAUGUACAAAUAGGUGAUUAUAAAUUGGACAAAUGUUUUAAAAAAUGUUGUUGUCUUUUUUUAUUUUUAUUUUUGUAUUCUGUUGAAGAGCCCGCAGGGGAUCCAUCCCUCUAACUGUGGAGGUUUAGCUAAUCUUGUCACUAAACUGUAAAAAAUAAAAUAAAAUAAAAUUGUACUUUUAUAGACUUUUCCAGUAUUUUUUAAAUACACAAAAAUAUUAAUAAAAUUACAAAAAAAAAAAACCUGUGAUAUCUAAUUUGCAUGUCUAAUGUAAAAUAACACAAAGCAUGUAAAUGUGAAUCAUUAAUUCAUUUUUUUAAAAGAUAAAUUUUAUUUUCCACAUAAAAAGUUGUUAAAAUACAUUUGCAACUUGUUGGAAUUUGACAAAUAUUAUUAUUUUUAUUUAAUAGCUGAUGACUGUUAAAUUUUAGUUCAUUAAUUAAUUAAUUAAAAAAUUAGACACAGUUACGGAGAGUUAACAGUAAAAAGAUGUUUCUGUAAAUGUACAUAGAUUUGUUUGUUAAUAGACAGAGAUCUUGUGUAAUAGUAGAUUCUGUCAUAAAACGUUGAAUAAAUGUGUUUUUAUCAGUGUGUGUAUAAGCAGUGCUGAACUAUCAACAUACAGGUUUUUUAUAAAUUAAGGGGGAAAAACUGUAUAAAUAAUUAAAAAAUAAAAAUUUUCAACAGCAAUAACACACUCAUGAAAAAAAAAACCUUAGGAGACAAAAAAACCAAUGGAUAUUUUAGGGCACUUUAGUGACUCUAAACAUAUAACCUGCCAAUAUCUUUGAAUAAGUUGCUAAAAACUACACACAAUUUUAUGCUUUAUAAGCAAGAAUAUUGGAAGAGGUGCAAAUGUUUUUUAUUUUAAUCUGUAGGACAACAGAAUUAAAUAAAUGUCGAGACCCGGAAGUAGGCCUAAGAGUGUGUGCUAAGUGUUUAUUGUAAAGCUAAAUCUCAUCACUCUAUAACUUACAUCAUUUAACCACAUUGGAUUGGAGGUUAAAGAUUUUCUGUAGUUUUAAAUGAAUAAUAAUGACACUUUAUGCGUGAUUCAUUUCAUCUGUUUUCAGGUUAGGUCCCAAUUAUGUAUCUAUUUAAACCCUAUUGGAUGUUGUGAAGUUUGCAUUGUGUUCUCUUUAGUCUGUAAUGCUUUCUUUAUUGGUCUUUUAUUGUGUAGCUUUUGUACUACUGUUUGACCACAGCCUGUUUGUAUGAAUGAUUUUUGAAUAAACAUACAUUCAUCCA